UUUCUUUUUUUUUUCUUUACAAAUAUAUUUCAUAUUUAGUAUAUUAUAAAAAUGGUUGUCAAGGUUGGUAUUAACGGUUUCGGUCGUAUUGGUCGUAUUGUCCUCCGUGCUACUGAGGAAAAGGAAGAAGUCCAAGUUGUUGCCAUCAACGAUCCCUUCAUCCCUCUUGACUACAUGGCCUACAUGUUGAAGUACGAUACCGUUCACGGUCGUUUCCCCGGUUCCAUUGAAAUCAAGGACGGUAAGCUCGUUGUCAACGGUCAUGCCAUCACUGUCACUGCCGAACGUGAUCCCGCCAACAUCCCUUGGGGUCAAGCUGGUGCUGACUACGUUGUUGAAUCCACUGGUGUCUUCACCAAGAUCGAAGGUGCCUCUGCUCACUUGAAGGGUGGUGCCAAGAAGGUCAUCAUCUCUGCUCCCUCUGCUGAUGCCCCCAUGUUCGUCUGUGGUGUCAACCUCGAUGCCUACAAGUCUGAAUACAAGGUCAUCUCCAACGCCUCUUGUACCACCAACUGUUUGGCUCCCCUCGCCAAGGUUAUCAACGAUGAAUUCGGUAUCAACGAAGGUUUGAUGACCACUGUCCACGCCACCACCGCCACUCAAAAGACUGUCGAUGGUCCUUCUCACAAGGACUGGAGAGGUGGUCGUGCCGCUGCUGCCAACAUCAUCCCCUCUUCCACUGGUGCUGCUAAGGCUGUCGGUAAGGUUAUCCCCGCUCUUAACGGUAAGCUCACUGGUAUGGCCUUCCGUGUCCCUACUCCUGAUGUUUCCGUUGUUGAUCUUACUGUCAACCUCGCCAAGCCUACCACUUACGAAGAAAUCAAGGCUGCUGUCAAGAAGGCCUCUGAAACUACCAUGAAGGGUGUCCUCGGUUACACUGAAGAUGCUACCGUCUCCUCUGAUUACAUUGGUGAACGUAACUCCUCUGUCUUCGAUGCCACUGCCGGUAUCCAAUUGACCCCUACCUUCGUCAAGCUCAUCUCUUGGUACGAUAACGAAUUCGGUUACUCCAACCGUGUUGUUGACCUCCUCAUCCACGCCGCUAAGGUCGAUGGUGCUCUCUAAAUCAUUUAACUUCAUCUUAUUAAUGUCUUUUUUGCAUUUCAUUAAUUAUUUUUUUAUUUCAUUCUAAAUAAACAUUUCAUAUAAAAGAAAAAGUGAAGCACUUUAAAAAUAAAAUAAAGUCUUCACUUUUGUUAUUGUAAUAU